AUGGCCGACGACCCGCGCUGCGUCGUGGCCGAAGAAGGCGGCCGAGACCGCUCGGACGCCUCGUGCGGCGAGGACAGCGACAGCGACUCGGCCCUCAACCCGCUGGCGCAGCUGCAGAGCGCGCUCCAGAAGACCGGAGCCCUCGGGUCGGCCCUCGAGGGAAGCGUCGAGGGAAGCCCGACAGGACCCGGCCAGCCGACGUCCGACGACGCGGGCGCAGGCGACGCGCCGAGCCCGUACCGUUGCCACAUGUGCGCCUUCCAGGGCCGCUCCAAGGCCGAGUACGGCGGCCACAUGGCGACCCACCUGGACCACAAGUGUCCCAUGUGCGACUACCGGUCGCGCACCGAGGGCCGUCUCAAGAGGCACGUCAAGGACUUCCACUCGGACGACCAGUGGCAGAUACUGCCGGGCGCCGACGACUGCAAGGACCGGACGUUCCGGUGCCGCCAGUGCGGUCACGUGGCCGCCAGCAAGACGGACUUCUGGGAGCACAGCAAGCUACACAUCCGCACCGAGAAGCUGCUCAGCUGUCCCAAGUGCCCGUUCGUGACCGAGUACAAGCACCACCUGGAGUACCACUUGCGCAACCACUUCGGCUCGAAGCCGUUCAAGUGUCCCAAGUGCAACUACAGCUGCGUCAACAAGAGCAUGCUCAACAGCCACCUCAAGUCUCACUCCAACGUGUACCAGUACCGGUGCGCCGACUGCAACUACGCCACCAAGUAUUGCCACAGCCUGAAGCUGCACCUGCGAAAGUACGCCCACCGGCCGGCCGGCGUGCUCAACUCGGACGGCAGCCCCGACCUGUAUCCCAUGCUGGACGUGUACGGAGCCAGACGGGGUCCGCGUCGGGGACCGCGGGGAUACCCGCCGAUUCCUGUGCCGCCGCCACCGCCGCCGCCGCCGCCACUGCAGGAGACGACUGCGCCACCACCGGACCUGAACGUGCAGGGACAGCCGCUCGUGAGCCUGAUCCCGGCCGUGGCGUGCGCGCAGCAACAGCAACAACAGUUGCUUCGCGCCGCGGCACUAGCAGCUCCGGGAACCGUGCCGUGGAAGUGCAGUGUGUGCGACUUCACCACGGCCGACGAACAGCAGCUCAGCCGACACGUGCUGGGACACGCCGAGAGUCAAGACCUGUGCCGGCUGUACGGCAUCAGGAGCCUACCGGGCGUCGCCCCGCCCAUGCCUCCACCCCCACCCCCACCACCACCGCUUCCUCCUACAACGACGAUAGCCACGCACCAGCAGCAACCGCAACUGGAAGCACAACCAGAGCGACCGGCGGUCGUCUCGUCCACGUCUAGCCACGAGACUCCACCCAGGGACGAACGCAAGGGCUCUCCACUGGACCUGAGCCGGACGCUCGCGGAGAUGCCGCGAAGUCGACGCAAGGGCAGGGCCACCAAGAUCGACAAACUCUGCAUGCGACUCCAACAGGACGACGCCUCCCCGCCGGAAAUAAAGAAGUCUCCGGCUCCGGCCGAGCCCCCGUCGCCGGCGAGCCCGGUACAAGCGCCGUCGCCCUCGGCGUUGGCGACGUCCCCGAGACGAGAGGUCUCCUCCGACCAACCAGCCGACGUCGGGAACAAGCCCCAGAAGGACUCGUUCCGCUGCGCCUACUGCGACAUCGCGUUCGAGCACUGCAUUAUGUACACGGUGCAUAUGGGCUACCACGGCUACCACGAUCCUUUCACGUGCAACAUGUGCGGACAGCGGAGCGAAGACAAGCUAGCCUUCUUCUUGCACAUCGCGCGCGCUGCGCAUCUCUGAGAUUCAUUCCUUCCGCGCGAGACAAACACCCGACGUCUAUGAAGUCGGCGCGCAAGGUUCUCAUUACGGA